GCAGACGAGCGUUUCUCAAUUGUCACGUUCGCCGAACGCAGUCUCUGGGCCCCGUGUGUCAUGACAGCGUAAAUAAAUGCGCCGGAGUAAAAAUUGCACCACUGACUCCCUCAACUAAGCUGUUCGAUCUGGAAGACGGCCAAGCCGCGGUACACUUCAGCCACUUGAAAGUCAAGGUUAUCGGUAUCGAGGUUACCUCUUGCCGAUUGCCUGACUCUUAGGUUCUCUUGACAGUCUGGUUCGUGUCAAGGUGAGGGCAGCGAGACAAAGGAUGGCGAGUGCGACAGGAGAAGGGCCUGAGGUGGAGCUGCUACCGUGCAGCUUCAAGUUUCAUGACUUUGUCGCCAAAGUCUGUGAUCUCAGCAUUAAUUGCCAGAUAAUAAAGAUGGAAGACAGCUUGUACCUGUGGAUUGGAGAUUCCGCCAAGCGCAGCAUGACGGACCUGUCCUUUGCACUCGCGUCCAGGUUUGAGAGGCAGCCUAUCGCGACAAAAAUCAUGGGCUCCGUAGCCGAUACCACGUCCAUGAACAUGGCUAAGAGAUUGAGCACGAAGCUUGGAAAACCGAUCUAUGUUAGUUUUAACGUAACCGCGGACAAUAUUGCGUUGCCGGGAAUCGAAAGGAGAAUCCAGGAGGAGUUCAAGACACAUGCGGAUCUACUAAGUUUUUGACUUCGAUUAUUGAAUAAGUUUUCGAGGUGCUUACUUAAAAGAAUAAUUUUAGGAUACAAUGGAUAGUUUUCAUACGUUGUGUAACUUUUCUUAUAUCAACAAUAAACCUUCGACAAUUGGAAUUAUUUAAUGCUGUUCAUGAAGGAUCUUCAUAAAGGAUAGUAUGUUGGUCUUGUCAAUUAUUAUUUGUCAAUUACAUAUGGAAAUAAGUUAUGUUUAGGUAAUCAUUCGUUUAUUAAUGUAGGAAAGUCGAAUGUAAUUUGUACAUUUAAUUUAUACUAACAGUUUCGUAGAGAAUGCGCGAGGAAGUAGAAAAUAUAUAUUUUGUAAAAGUAAAA